UAGUUUGCUCAAGUUUCGGUUCUAUAUCAUGUCGUUUCAUUUAAUCCAUAUAAGCAACGAAAACCAAGGAUUGCUUGUAACGGAAAGUUAACCUCGCUCUGGUGUUGCAAGCAAUUAAUAGCUGUCUGGAAUAUGUCCUUGCCAAGAUGAACACAUUCGCAAUUAUCUUAGCUUCGCUGGUUGUGGUUAACGCUUACUAUAAGGGCGGACACAAGGGCAAGUGGGGACACGGCGGCUAUGGAGGCUAUGGAGGAUUUGACGGAGGUUACGGCAACGGAGGCUUCGGAGGUGGCUUUGGAGGCGGCUUAGGAGGUGGCCUUGGCGGCUGGGUGAAUGGAGGCUUCGGAGGCGGUUACGGCGGUUUCAGAAAUGGUGGUGGUUACGGUGGUUACGGAAAUGGUGGCUCCGCAGGAGAUUUCGGAGGCUGGGGAAUCGGAAACGGUGGUUAUGGAAAGGGCGGAUAUGGCGGCUACGGUGGUUACGGAAAGGGUGGACAUGGCGGUUACGGACUGGCAGGCGGUUAUGGUGGUUUUGGAAAUGGAGGCUUCGGAGGGUGGGGAAUGGGUGGCGGAUACGGUGGUUAUGGCAAUGGAGGCGGAUAUGGCGGUUACGGAAAGGGUGGAUAUGGCGGUUACGGAUUGGCAGGCGGUUAUGGUGGUUACGGAAAUGGAGGCGGUUAUGGUGGAUACGGAAAUGGAGGCUUCGGAGGUUGGGGAAUGGGUGGUGGUUACGGAGGUUACGGAAAGGGCGGAUAUGGCGGUUACGGAAUGGGAGGCGGUUAUGGCGGUUACGGGAUUGGAGACGGUUAUAGCGGUUACGGGAAUGGAGGUUUGGGAGGCGGCUUCGGAGGCGGUUUUGGUGGAAUGGUAGGCGGAUACGGAAUAGGUGGUUAUGGUGGUUACAACAAUGGAGGUUUCGGAGGUGUCUUCGGCGGCUGGGGACAUGGAGGCGGAUACGGUGGUUACGGAAAGGGAGGUUACUAGGCCGGCGUCGGAAGCGAUUACAUGAGGAGCCGGGGUUAACCAGUACACGGUAUCCUCAACAUUCGAAGAGACCAAGAUUUUUCAAUGGACAUCGAGCGCAUUUUUUAAAUGUUUAAUUACAUUAUUAUGUACAUAAUGUUUAUGCAAUUAGAUAUCAAAUUCAA